AUGAACAGACGGAGUGCCUGGAAAGCUUCUCUUUCGAUCGGUCUUCUUUUGAACUUCACGUCCAAGAGACUCGGUUACUUAUCUUGCCGCCCACGGGCCCCGCCGAUGGUUCGAGAUCGGGUCUCCGGUCGCCGGCAGCUGGGAACUGACAGUUCUUUGACGAGCUCGGGGUAUGGUUUACUGGACUUGUCGAGCGGGGCUCGCUCGUCGGAAACCUUCCCAUCGCUCGGUUGCGAACCGAUGGAUAAGAGGCGUGGAGUGCGUCCCGGUGAGGCUGCGGCAGCGUCGGCGGGCGAAAGAGCGCUCAUGAUUGGGUCAGACAGAGAGGGGGUCCCGAUCGUCGCGACAUUGCAGGGUCCGGCGAGCUACGUCGCGUCGUCCAUCGAGGAACGCAUGCGACCCGACCGGCAGAACUGGAAUAACCACAGUAGGUUACGGGACAGUCGCCAGUUCGACAGAAGGCUGCCGUUCGCGGAGAUUCCGGCCCCGGAAGAAGAAGAGUGGGCGGAUGGGCGGAGGGGCGGCGGGCCGGAUGACCGGCUCCGGACCGGGAGAAGACGGGAGGCAGGGAGGGAGGAUCGCGGGCGUUUCGCAGCCCGCGCGGCAUGUAGCCGUUGGGGAAGGGGGAGAGGGGAGGGGGGGGCCGAAGAAAAAUCAUUCGGCCCGGAGGCGGCCCUCCGUGCCGUUUCGGGGAGAGCAGGCACCGUCCGAUGGAGGCCGGCACGAUCCGAGCCCUCCGAUAGGGCCGUAGCGUUGCCCCGCUGUUCGCCACGCUUGAACAGCUAUCCGGGCCCCGGAGGCAGAGCUCGGCCAGGAGCCGCUGGCCUGCCGACGUCGGAUCUCAAUCCGAGCGCCUCGCGAGGCCGUUGUGUCAGGCGGGCGCGGGAAGGCAUGAUGGGGCCUGCUGGUGGCACAUUCACCGGACUCCGUAACCUUCACCUGGACUCUUGUUCCCGCCCCGCUGCCAGUCGCCGGCCCCCACCACCACCUCUGGUCCUGGGCCCGCAGAGCCAGCCCCAGCCCCAGCAGCAGACGGCGAGCAAAGCCGCGAACACGACGGGCAGCCCCGAAAGCUUUGCUGCGGAUACUUUAGCUCCCCGUGAGCGGGCGCUCCAAAGCAGGCCAGCGGCAGAAGAGCUUGUGCAGCUAUAA